GUACACGUAUGCGGGUACACACCGUACACCUACACAACACAGCAAGUUAAAGCUAAAAACAGUCAGCACUGUCAGCAGUGCUUAGCUCGCGUCCUUCCCCGCCUGUGUAGUUGUACUCGAUGGUCUGCUUUCUUGUAUUAUAGGUAGUUCAGAUCUGCAGAGUAGAUCCGUGUCUAAGUGUCGUCGCGAAAAAUAAGCAGCGAAACAACGCAGAACGCCAAGAGAAGCAGAGGAAGCUGGCCGGAGUCGAGUAGAACAGGUCGGGUGGUUCGCACGUCUGCGUGCAAUGCCACCGUCAACGCGAAAUGUCGAUUGAAGAGGAUGGCGAUGAGCAGGCCUAGACAUCAUCUGUCGAGGAAAGAGAAAAGGUCGUAGCCGCGGCGCACGACCUUGGUUUUGUUGCUUCGAAAGUUGAUAGGCAGUUGGCAGGUGCAGUCCAAAAGGAGGAGCAGGAGCAAGAGCAAGGGGAGAGCAUGAGCAGCGACUCGGCGUCCGCUCCUCUCGCGAAUGCGUCCAGCGUAGCUAGCGCCAUGGAGGAGGAAACCCGAGGAGCCCCGAUAUUCCUGCAAACGCAGGCGGCAAAAGGCAUCGCGGGGGCGUUCGUCUGCGCGGCGCUGUUCAUCAGCUGCCAGCAGAUCUACCGGCACCUCAGGUGGUACACCAACACGGCUGAGCAGCGCUGGAUCGUCAGGAUACUGUUCAUCGUGCCUAUCUACGCGACCUACAGCUGGAUAUCGCUGUUGUUCUUUAACAACGAGAGCUACUAUGUGUACUUCUUCACGGUGCGCGACUGCUACGAGGCAUUUGUCAUCUACAACUUCAUGUCGCUGUGCUACGAGUACCUGGGCGGCGAGGGCAACAUCAUGUCCGAUAUCCGGGGCAAGCCGAUCCGCUCGAGCUGCCUCUACGGCACCUACUGCCUCGCCGGAAGGACCUACACCAUCGGCUUCCUGCGCUUCUGCAAGCAGGCCACACUGCAGUUCUGCCUGGUCAAGCCGCUCAUGGCCUUCGUCAUAAUAUUCCUGCAGGCGUUUGGACACUACCGCGACGGCGACUGGUCGCCCGACGGCGGCUACCUCUACAUCACCUGUAUUUACAAUAUCAGCGUCACCCUCGCCCUCUACGGUCUCUUUCUCUUCUACUUUGCCACCAAGGACCUCCUCACGCCUUUCGACCCCGUGCUCAAGUUCUGCACCGUCAAGAGCGUCAUAUUCCUGUCGUUUUGGCAAGGCGUGCUACUGGCCGUAUUAGAGAAGGCUCAGGUUAUCUCGCCCAUGAUCGACAGCGGCGGUCAGUCGACCAGCGCGGGUACCGUCUCGGCCGGCUACCAGAACUUCCUAAUCUGCAUCGAGAUGCUCUUCGCUGCGAUAGCUCUGCGCUACGCCUUCCCCUACCAGGUCUAUGCUGCCGGCUGCACCACCGACUCCAGAGGCCGUAGCGUCACCAUGCAGAGCAUCAGCAGCAGUCUCAAGGAAACCAUGAAUCCCAAGGACAUCAUGACUGAUGCCAUCCAUAAUUUCCAUCCGCAGUAUCAACAGUACACGCAGUACAGUUCCGGAGGCGGCGCCAAGAGCCAGCGAGGCAUGCGGGUGUGGAGCUACGACCCGGACGAGCCGCAGAGCAUGAACCAGCAGGCCCAGACGCAGGCCGCGACGCAAGCCCAGGCGCAGGCCGGCCAGCGCCAGCGCCACGCCGCCGCCAGCCAGCGCGUCGCCACCAUCUCGCACAACUACAACGAGAAGACGAUGCUGCUAAGCAGCGACGAUGAAUUCCAGUGAGUCCCUCCGCGGCCGCUCCUCAUCGCGAGUCCGCCAUUUUUUACGAGCCUGCUCCGCUGCUUCCCUGCGAAUCUCGGCCUUAUUUUCUCACCCGACCCCACUCUCGCUCUUGCACCGGCUUGCACAUCUCUGUGCGACGACUCUGCGCUUCUCGCCUGCACAAUUAGCCUUCACACUUGUCGUCGGAAACGAGCAGUCCAAGUGCGGCACGUGACAGCAAACGGUUCCUUCGCCGCAAUAAUGCCACCUUUUUUUAACGCUCGCUCAAUGUCAUUCUGACGAUUUUCUAUGGCGUCGAUUUCAAGCAUUUCUUCACAGUCAGGUUAUUCCAAGCUGUUGAACUUAUUGAUCAAGCGAGUAAUGAACUAUUUUGCAAGACGUUGCAAUGUGAGCUUACCUUGAUAAAAUGCUAAAAGUAUAGAUAAAUAGUUGGUUGAAAAAUAUGUAUUUAUUUUAUUAUAUAAUGAUAAGGGCACCGACGAAUGCUGUGCCGAUCGAUACAAUAAAUCGUAAUAAUAAACACAAGAAAACCGGUUGAUUUCUUUGAUAAGCCACACCGCAAUGAAAGCAUCCAUUAGAUAUACAGUCGCGUUAUAUCAGUUCACGGCGGGCACUCCUCACUUGUCAGUUAUCUGCCUAAUAGCAAUAUCCUAAUAAUAAUAAAGGGAUUCGCAAUUAUGUUUUGAAAAAAAAUGAUUUUGCUUGACUUGUUUUUGCGCAAUAGCAUCAAUGUCCAUAAUCUGUUUUAUACUUGUAAAGAAAUAAAAAUUGUACAUACACUAAUGCAUAUAGAGCGUGGCAGCUAUGAGGUUUGUCAAUAAUAUUCGUUGGGUCGCGUCAUUUUUCUGUCAACUUUUUGGUAUUAUUGCGGACAUAACAGUAUGAAAAGGCUUAAUUGAGUUAACGGAGAUUUUUAUAUGUAUAUAUGUUCGCGCUUGUACUUAAUUAUAGCAACAACGCCAACACAUCUAAUUCUUAUUAAUUAUCGUACUCUAUUUCUGAUACGUUCCUUUUAAUGUUUAUUCUGAUAAACGAAAUAAACGAAACACGUGUGAUUAUACAUUUUUCUUUCGACAAGUCAAUGUUCAUUUGUAUUUUUCAGUGCAUUCGCACUCUGCGUGAGUGGGUGGAAGAAACGUCCGAGUACGUAUUGAAUCGUAUUGUUAUAUAAGCGUACUGUAAUGCACGACGAUUUUUUCAUUGAGAACGAACAAUCAGAUUAAUAUUUAUUAAGCACCCCCUUCCCUUUAUGUCGAUUAUUCCACAGAUUGAUGACAAGUAGCUUAUUCAUUGAUCAGUCUAUAAAUCAGUAACACUCACAUUUCUUUGAUUGACGUCGAUGACAACGGAAUUUACUACUCGAAUCUUAUUCCUUCGUCCUGAUAAGAUGACCGCACCAAAUUACUUAGAAUUACUUUAGCGCAAAUCACAUGUGAAAAUUUGAGGGAUCCGUCAUCAAUCUGUCGAAUCCUAAUAUUGCUCCGUAAAAAACUAAUCAAGGAGCAACGGCUGAUUUCAAUUCGUAUAUUUGCAUGCAUAUCUGCAUACAUGUCGAGGUAGGAGGGAGGGUUAAGCUCGGGUUUUAAAAAUAUACUAUUAUUGACACUUUAACAUAAUGGAUGAUUUUGUUUGAUAGGAGAAAGCGAGCUCAAUGUUUAAUUUGGCACUUUAAAAAUCUUCCGUGCUAUUUAAUUAAUCGUAAGCCAUGUCUCUGUAUAAAGUUUACGUGACCAAAAUAACGUGUUAUUUGUAAUAAAUACGAUUUUAUUUGACGUUUUCACUUCAGAAAACAUCCCGUUAAAUAAAAUAAAUAGGAGACUUCAUCUUGAUUGAUUCGUGCAAAAAGCACUCUCCCAAUUAAUUGUCAUAUAUCGUGUCGCAUAUUAUCUUUGGGUCGAGUUGCUUGCAACUUUUUACUGAUUUGAAAAAAUCGGUACGUUGAGUCUUGAAAAGAUAUUUCAUUAGCAACAAUAAAAUCGAGGCAUCGCGUCCACUCUCACUGACGAAUAGUUCUUAUGAUACUAUACUUGUUAAUCUAUUACUUUAUUAGAUUAUUUGAUUAUCUCGUCAGGUAACAUUUUACAAUUAAAACACAAAAAUUUUCGUUCGACUUUUUCAGCAGAAAAACAUUUCUAUGAAAUUAUUAUAUUGAAUGAAAGGAAAUUCUUGGUAAAUAUUUGUGUAGUAAAAUAGAGCAAGAGUUCUUGAACUUUUGCUCAAGAACAGAUGAAUGAGAAAAAAUGUAUCCUAUCCAGUAGAGGAUAGUAUACAAGAAUAAUUACUCAAUGUAUAUAAUGAUAUAGAUAAAAACGAUAAAUGUUAAGAAAAAUAGUUUGAUCAUGAAAUAUAUUAUCUAUAUGAAGAGAGUCAAAAUGGUAAGAAAAAAUGUUUAACUGAUUUACUUCCUUUUUCAACUGUUUUUUGCGUAAUGUUGUACAUGUAUAUUAAUGGCAAAGACUAUUUUUUUGCAAAGUACAAACGUAUAAGAUUGUUUGUACUUGGAUAUCACAAUAAAUUGAAAUACUAAGUUUUAGAUUGUCAGCGUAAGAAGAAAUGAAGCAUAUGUGA